AUGUCUGCAAUUUAUAACCUUCCUCAAAAAUCAGCAACAUCCGUUGCUCCACUCCCAAAACCACCAAAACAAAAGGUCGUCCCAUCAACUCCUGUUGUCUUAUCAAAAUCGCAAGACACAAAACCAAUUCAAAAAACUCCAUCAAUACCUUCAACUCCACAAAGACCAGAACCUCAACCAAUACCUACAAAAAAGACUCCCUUACAAAAGUCUGAACCGAUCAAAAAUUCUCUUCACAGCUCUCAAUCACUUAAGCCUCAACAAUCUCAGAAAGAUCAACCAAUCGCUCCUCUCCCCUCUCUCCCUCCAGGAGUUAAACCACGCACACAACCAGCUCCACCUCCUCCUAAAAUUUUGCCGCAACUCCCAAUUCACAGAGCAACUAAACCAGAGCAAAAACCAGCAGAAAUCAAACCUAAACCAAUUCCUUUUUCUCAAAGAAAAUACUCGGACGUUCCCACUGCGGCUUCAAAGAGUUUUGAUAUCGACUUGCCAACUACUCCAACAAAGGUGGACACCCAAGAAACACACGACAAACCCGUAAAGAAGAGCGAAAGCCCUGAGAAUGUGAAGAUAUCCAAAAUCAAAAAGGUGAAAUCGAUACAACUCAGCAGCUCCUCUUCCAAAGUCUCUUCUCGUGAAUUCCCAGACCCAAUAUCGCCAAAAUCUGAUAACAGCGAAAACGGUAUUAAAGGACAGUCCCCCACACCAGCACACUCCUCCUUGAAUAUGACAAAGUAUAUUUCUCAACAACAGCGCGCGUCUGUGGGUUCGACAUCUGGAAUGUAUUCCCCCAAAACGCCCAACUCGCGUUCGGAGAAACAUCAACAAUCGAUGAAAGAAGCUUCUGAAAUAAAGGGUUCGUCGUUUUUCAAAAAAACGUCAACACCGCGGAUGGCGUCAUUUGAAUCGGUUUCUCCUCACUCAGACUCGUUAGAAGAGAAUUCUAAAAACGACAAAGAAAACAAAAAUGAAAAAAUGUCGAUGUCAGCACGCGGGUGCGAACUCGAGGAAACACCAAAAGCACCGGAAAUAGCACAAAACGACUUUUUAAGAAAGUACGAGAGUUUUAUCACCGACGACGACCCCGAGACAAAGAUCAAAUUUGUGCCAAAAAAUCGCGAUGGGAAGAAGAUAACUGGCAGCGACAUUAUGAUGCACACCGCCGAGUUGGUAUUCACCGAAUUCAUGUUCUGCGCACGGCUCCAAAUCUUCCAAAAGCAUUUUGAAGUGUAUAUCCGAAAUGAGAUGGCUCUUUUGAAGCACCAGGACUAUUUGCUCUUUGAGCCACUAGAUGGGUUGGUUGGGUCCAUCAGUGGGAUGUGUCUUGAGCUUGAGCCGCUCUACUACGAAUUGUUGGACUUUGGUGAAGAGACAACGAAAAAGAAAGGUGACGAGAAAAAUCCCACGAAGGAGUCGACCGAAAAAUUGGAAGAAGUUGUUCUUUCAGUUGUUUUGAAGUACUACAGUUUUGUCAAUGGGUUAGGGACUAUUAAUUUGUCAAACACAUUCCUACCAUUUGUAGCACAUUACACGUCGCUCUCCUCGACGAUCAAUGACUUCAUCGAAGGCACAAACAAGUUGAGGAAGAUGGUGAACGCCCGUCUCGAGAACUGUAUCGACCAAAACAUCCGACAAUUCGCGGAUUUGUACUUUGCACCAACACAGCGUAUUUGCAGGUACGAGUUACUUCUUUCGACUAUUUUGAAAGAUGUGCAAAAGGAGAGCAAGCUCCAUAAAGUUCUCAGUGCAACAAUCGUGUCUUACAAAGAUAUGAACACUUCAAUCAACGAGUUGAUUUUCAAAUCAAAAUUUUUCUACGUCAAGCGCUACGAGUACCUCGACCAAAUAUACAAGAGCAACAAGCCCGUGAUCGCUACAAAUACAGUCUACAAAUACUUCACAACACCCGACAGGUUCGUCGCAUAUCACGCGGGUACCAAAGGUGCCGCCAUAGGCAACAACAAAAUCGACCUGUUCAUUUUCAAAGACGGUAUUCUCCGUAACGAUGUCAAGAAGACAGUCUUUGAGUUUUACCCGAUCGGCACAAUCUUCCACGAGUUGUCGAAAAAGGAGGAGAAUUCAUUGUCCGAGAAUGACAUUUUCUUUUAUGACGAGAAAAAGAAAAAAUCACAAAUUAUUACACUUGAAAACCAAUCACAGAGAGAUCAAUUUAAUUACUCACUUAGACUUACAUAUGAUGAAUACACAAAAGCACAAAGGGUUGUAUAG